GAAAAAUUCUGUGACUGAUAAGAAAAUUUUGCAAAAAAGUAGAAAAGCAAGAUUAGAAACAAUCAAUUUACGGUAGAUAGUGAAACAUAAGUGCGUUAAUGCGUAAUUCGAUGAAGAUUUAUCAAGAAACCUGAUAUAAGUCGAGGGAUUAUAACAAAGAAAUUCAUUCUUUCAUUAUAUCCAUUCAUCAAUAAUAAGUGAUAUAUGUAUGCACUCCUCUCUGUAUCGGAUACGGGACGUUCAUGAAUGUGCGUCGUCGUUAGUGCAAGUGUACUGUGUAAAAAUAAAGAAGGAAUACAUCGGGGAUUAUUCAUGAGUACAUUUGAGUACAUCUGCACCCAAGUAUACCAUACCUCAAACAGAUAGAGAAGGGUUCUGUGUUAUAAAAGUUAACAACUUUGUGUUAGUGUUAAGAAGAACUUUGUUGGAUAUGCAAGCAAAGAAGCAAUAUUUAUUUAUUUAUUUUUUGUCUUUUAAAUAAAUAAAUAUAAAUAAAGUUAUUAAAUAUUUAAAAAAAUUCAAAGUGCACAUUAUUUAUAAUGUCAAUUAAGAAGCAAAACCAAAAAAUCAAGUUAAAUGUAUCGAUAACUGAACAAUCAUUGGAAAACAAUCCAUCAACUACAACAUGUAUAAAUAGUAUAAAUUCGCAGCAAGUUAGUUGUAGUGGAAAUAUGAAUGCAACAGUACCACCAAUUAUUUUAGAAAACUUCAAAAAUGGCAACGUCUUUGUCGAUAUCAAUACGAACAAUGGGGAUUCUCCCAACAAUCUAAACAUCAAUGCACAAACGACGGCAGCUUUGUACAGCCCCGGGUUAGUGCCAAAAGUACAAAAUGACAGUCCCGAUAGCCAACGCAAAGGCAAUGUGACCUUAACACAUUUGCCGAAACGUCCGCCAAUCGACAUUGAGUUCCAAGAGCUGAUGUAUUCCAUCAGUGAGGGACGUGCUCGUGGCUACAAGACAAUUUUGAAAGGAGUAAGUGGAAAAUUUCGUUCUGGCGAACUGACAUCGAUUAUGGGACCAUCUGGCGCUGGCAAAUCUACUCUUAUGAAUAUUUUAGCGGGCUACAAAACUUCUAAUCUUACGGGAACUGUGUUGAUAAAUGGAAAUACUCGAAGUUUGCGGAAAUUUCGUAAAAUGUCUUGUUACAUUAUGCAAGAUGAUCAAUUGUUGCCCUAUUUAACGGUAAAAGAGGCCAUGAUGGUUUCAGCGAAUUUGAAACUUGGCAAAGAUAUUACGGAGAGCACGAAGAAAGUAGUGAUUGAAGAAAUUAUGGAGACCUUGGGUUUGAGUGAGGCUGCCAACACAAAAACAAUGAAUCUCUCGGGUGGACAACGAAAACGACUCUCGGUUGCCUUAGAAUUGGUCAAUAAUCCGCCAGUUAUGUUUUUCGAUGAGCCAACGUCCGGCUUGGAUUCGUCGUCGUGCUCUCAGUUGAUCAGUUUACUAAAGUCUCUUGCGCGCGGCGGCAGGACAAUAAUUUGCACAAUUCACCAACCAAGUGCCCGUCUCCUUGAGAUGUUUGAUCAGCUGUAUUUGCUAGCGGAAGGACAAUGCGUUUAUCAAGGUCAAGUACUCGGAUUAGUGCCGUUCUUGCAUUCCAUGGGCUACGAUUGUCCCAGCUACCACAAUCCAGCGGAUUUUGUUAUGGAAGUUGUUUGCGAGGAACACGGGGAAUGCGUUCACAAGUUUGUAACGGCAGUUAAUAAUGGAAAGUGUAACAACUACAAUCAACCGUUGACGUGUGUGAGUCAAGAUAGCUCUACGAAUUUCGAUUUGUCACUUUCCAUGAAUUCCUGUGGCACCACUACGAUUGUCGAGAUGAUCAAUGAAGACAUUCAAAAGCCGUCCAGCACCAAAAAAGCCUUUUCCACCGAUAACGCAACUCUCACGAUCCCAUCUUCAUCUACCACCACCACCGCCUCUUUGGAGAAAAACACCAAAUCUGUAGAGAAACCCGUAGAAUCGACUUGCUCCUCGGCUCUUAUUGAGUCCUCAGCAGAUCCAGAGGCUGGAAGACGUCAUCUUGAGAAAUACACAUAUCCAACAUCGACGUGGCUUCAAUUCUAUAUUUUGUUGAAGCGAACUUUUGUCAGUAUUAUACGCGAUAAGACGCUCACUCAAAUGCGUUUGCUGGCACACGUUAUUGUUGGAGCAAUUAUUGGUAUGAUUUAUUACGAUAUUGGAAACGACGCGACUAAAAUACUUAGUAACUCCGGAUGCAUUUUCUUUACAACUUUAUUCACAAUGUUCACCGCAAUGAUGCCCACCAUAUUGACAUUUCCUACCGAAAUGGCUGUCUUUGUACGUGAACAUCUAAACUACUGGUAUUCCCUGAAGGCCUUCUAUUUUGCCAAGACAAUUGCCGACUUGCCCUUUCAAAUACUCUUUUCAAGCGUUUACGUCAUAACGGUUUACAUGCUGACAUCGCAACCCAUGGAGGCAAAUCGUAUCAUAAUGUUUGUCGUCAUUUGUAUUCUCACAUCUCUGGUGGCGCAAAGUCUCGGACUACUAAUUGGUGCUGGCUUAAGUGUGGAAAAUGGUGUUUUUUUGGGACCUGUAUCAACAAUACCGACAAUCCUCUUUUCCGGAUUUUUCGUAAACUUUGACGUUAUUCCCAAGUACUUACAAUGGGUAACGUAUGUUAGUUACGUGCGAUAUGGCUUCGAAGGAGCCAUGAUAUCGAUUUAUGGAAUGGAUCGCGAAAGAUUGGAUUGCAAAGAUAUCUAUUGUCAUUUUCGCAAUCCGAAAAAGUUCCUGGAGGAAAUGUCAAUGGAAAAUGCGGAAUAUUGGGUUGAUGCGGUAGCGUUAAUAGUUAUUUUUGUGGCUCUACGAAUUAUGGCCUACUUUGUGCUUAAGUGGAAGUUACACUCGAUCCGUUAGGACUGCCAACAACAGCUACAAAUUUAUUCGAUAAGCUUUAAAAACAAAUACAAAUACGGAAUUUGGAAUCUCCUUGAAUUUUUUAAAUCACAUAUUUUUAUAUCUUGAACACACUGACAAAUAUUACCUAAAUAUAUGAGAUAAUAGUUUUAAUGAAUAGGAGUAGGUAAAUCGUUUGAUAAUAUUGAUUACUAUCGAUAAUCAGAUUAAUUGAUAAUUUCUAAGUUCGAUGUCACCCACAAAUUGAAUGUCUUGGAUAAUAAGUGUGAUUUUAAUGAAUUAUUACUUUUUAAUUUUUUGUCAAUCAUUUUAAU